AUGAUAACUAAGCCCAAGACCAUGUUGACCCUCCAGAUGUUACAGCAGAAAAAGACUCCAACCAACCUGCUCAUCCUCUCUCUGGCUGUGUCUGAUCUCCUGGUGGGACUCAUUGUGAUACCAGCAAUGACUGUAGCGAUAAUGGAAACAUGCUGGGUCCUUGGGAGAUAUUUCUGUGCGUUACUUCUCUACAUCCAUUUUUUAUGCUGUACCUCAUCUCUAGGUAAUUUAAUAUUGAUAUCGAUUGACCGUUAUGUUGCUGUGUGUCUGCCUUUAUUUUACCACUCAAGAAUAACAAUAGCAAGAAUUAAGUUUUGUAUUUUUAUUACCUGGGGUUGUUGUAUCAUGUACGAUGCUGUUCUUAUAAAAAGUUAUGUAAAUGUAAAGGUACCCAGUGGGUGUUUUGAAGAAUGUUAUUUUUUUGAAGGAGAUUUUUUGGUUAGUAUCAUUGAUUUUGUAAUUUCCCUUUUUGUCCCGUGCUCUAUUAUUGUAAUACUUUAUUUUAAGAUUUUUGUGGUGGCCAGAUCACAGGCCAGAAAGAUAUUUUUUAAAGGGGCUGCCACUCUUUCUGGUAUUAAAAUUGUACAGGCAAGUAAGUCUGAAAGAAAAGCAGCAAAGACUUUAGGUAUUGUUGUCUUUAACUACCUACUUUGUUGGAACCCAUUUUUGUACAUAUUUUGUAUACUUUUUUCAAGUGGCAAUUUAACAUUAGUUAUUAGUGCCUUUCUUCCACUUGUUAAUGCCUUUAUUAAUCCAAUAGUUUAUGCUUUAUUUUAUCCAUGGUUCAAAGUCACAGCAAAACGUAUUUUAACUCUGAAGCUGUUGUAG